UCCUGUUUGAUGGAAUAAUCUCCCAUUGCAAAACUCACCUUUUUAGUCAAUCCUAUAGUAAAACAUGUGGGAAGCUUGGAUCAGGAUCAUAGAGCUGUCAGAAGAGUUGAGCUUAUGUUUCUGUCACCCGGUCACUGCAUGUGAAUGCUCUGGAUUGCUGUUCUGCACUAACUAGCACCUACUCAUAUUGCAGCUGGCCAUCUAGGGAGCAUACGGACACUGUUAUACCUUGUUUGUAAAACAACUAAAAACCACAGAUUGAUGCUCAAAGAAUCUUCAGUGAGAUCACUCAAUUUAGGCAGACAAGCACAAAGAACUGAACCUCUGUACACCAGUGUUCACUCUUCCAAAUAAAAUCUCAGGCCAUCCUCCGAAAUACAGUACAUACUUAAAAUGGCAGGUUUGUGGCCACCAUACUGCAUAAUGUCUCAUAAUUAUGGUUCAUAACACUAAGCAUGCUCUGAAAUUUUCCAGAUGUGUUCUCAUGCACUUGAUGGUGAAGGUAAUUUGUAUUUGGGAUUGAAGCAUUCUGAAUUCAUACAUCAAGGAACAUCAGAGAAUACCCCAGCAGAUAAAAAUAACUAUGAUCCAAAAGAGAUGCCAGUGAUGCCAAGCAUUAGUUCUGUUUGAGAAUUGAGACAAGAGAGAAGACAGCAAGUAAGAAUGCCUGUGCACAGACUGACCGGACUCCGGCCAUGGCUACUCUUCAACAUCAUACUCCUCUUCACAGGUGUCAGUGGUUCAGAACUUACAGUGUACUCCGGUGCAGGAGAGCUUGUCAGUUUACCAUGUAACCCUCAUGGCUCUUUUAACUGUCCCUCAAUUACGUGGCUCCGGAGCAGUGUUGGAUCACAAGACUCUAUUGAAUUGGUCACUUAUGGAGCGGUCAAAGCUAAAGAUCAACAGUUAGCUAGAAGGCUGAGUGUGGGAACUGAUUGUUCUUUGCACAUUAAUAAUCUUACCACUGCUGAUGCUGGACGGUACUACUAUCGACUGUAUCGCAAUGGAAACGAUUAUACAGAUGUUUCUGUUAUUAACUUGUCUAUUCUCAACAUCUUUGCAUCCUCUCCACUGACAGAGCUGAAGAUUGGUAGUACAGUUACUCUUGUCUGUAAACUCCACAGCCCUAGGCCUUGUGUAAAAAGCAUUAGAGUGUUCUGGGUUAGUGAGACAGGAGCCCCACUGCAGGGAGCCAGGUACAAGCUGUCACAGUCAGAAUGCUCCUCCAGUCUGACUGUGACACUUGAGCGCUCAGACCGUAACAUGAAGUGGAGAUGCCAGCUAACUGUGGAGGGGAAGCUAAAGGCCUCACACAGUUACACCACCAUCUUCCCUGGUGUCAGUGGAUCGGAACCUACAGUGUACUCCAGUUCAGGAGAGCUUGUCUCACACAGUUACACCACCAUCUUCCCUGGUGUCAGUGGUUCAGAACAUGAAGUGUACUCCAGUGCGGGAGAGCUUGCCUCACACAGUUACACCACCAUCUUCCCUGGUGUCAGUGGUUCAGAACUUACAGUGUACUCCAGUGUGGGAGAGCUUGUCAGUUUACCAUGCAACCUUCAUGGCUCUUCUAACUGUUCCUCAACUACCUGGACCUGGCACAGCGGUCGAUCACCAGACUCUAUUGAAUUGGUCACUCAUGGAGUGGUCAACGCUGAAAAUCAACAGAUAGCUAGAAAGCUGAGAGUGGGAACUAAUUGUUCUUUGCACAUUAAUGAUCUUACCAGUGCUGAUGCUGGCCAGUACAACUGUCGAUUGUUUCAAAGUACAAAACAUUAUAAUGCUUCUGUUAUUAACUUGUCUCUUCUCAACAUCUCUGCGUCCUCUCCAGUGACAGAGCUGAAGAUUGGUAGUACAGUUACUCUUGUCUGUGAACUCCACAGCCCUGGGUCUUGUGGAAAAAGCAUUAGAGUGAUCUGGCUUAGUGAGACAGGAGCCCCACUGCAGGGAAACAGGUACAAACCGUCAGUGUCAGAAUGCUCCUCCAGUCUGACUGUGACACUUGAGCGCUCAGACUGCAACAUGAAGUGGAAAUGCCAGCUCACUGAGGAGGGGAAGCUGAAGGCCUCACACAGUUACACCACCAUCUUCACUGGUGUCAGUGGUUCAGAACAUACAGUGUACUCCAGUGUGGGAGAGCUUGUCAGUUUACCAUGCAACCUUCAUGGCUCUUUUAACUGUUCCUCAAUUACGUGGAUCUGGAGCAGCCAUCGAUCACAAGACACUAUUGAAUUGGUUGGUCAUGGAGUGGUCAACGCUGAAAAUCAAAAGAUAGCUAGAAGGCUGAGAGUGGGAACUAAUUGUUCUUUGCACAUUAAUAAUCUUACCACUGCUGAUGCUGGACGGUAUGACUGUCAACUUUAUCACAAUACAAACCAUUUUACAGAUUCUUCUGUUAUUAACUUGUCUCUUCUCAACAUUUCAGUCUUUGCAUCUUCUCCAGUGACAGAGCUGAAGAUUGGUAGUACAGUUACUCUUGUCUGUAAACUCCACAGCCCUGGGUCUUGUGGAAAAAGCGUUAGAGUCAGUUGGGUUAGUGAGACAGGAGCCCCACUGCAGGGAAACAGGUACGAGCUGUCAGAGUCAGAAUGCUCCUCCAGUCUGACUGUGACACUUGAGCGCUCAGACCGCAACAUGAAGUGGAGAUGCCAGCUAACUGAGGAGGGGACGCUGAAGGCCUCACACAGUUACACCACCAUCUUCCCUGUUCAAAGGAAGACGGCACAUAAUCAUGUUUCACAGAGCCACACAGUUACCGAUCAGAACAAGGGAGAGAGUGAGGACACCAUUACCUAUGCUGUGGUCAAUCCCGCUGCCGGUGGAAAAAGGAAACCAGACCAAGAAAGUGCUGUGCUCGAAACUGAAUAUGCCAUCAUUAAAACCUCGCAGAACUCAAAUAAACCGUGAUACUUCCUAACGUUGAAGGCUUGGAAAUGACUGCAGACAGUGCAUUUAAAUGCUGCAGCGCUUUGGGAACUUUUAGCAACACACUGCAGAGGUAACGAUCUUUUGUUUCACUGUUGACAAGGCAAAGGAGCUUGGCUCAUUGUGCCAGCUGUUUAGGGGUUGCCUACUGCGGACACGAAGCUCAUUAACUACUGAAUUUUGGAUGAAAGGUCUUGGCCUCACAGGUGAAACCAAAUGGAAAAGCACCACAGAACAUUUCAUAGAGGGGCUAAUGGAAGGUGAAAUUUUUUGAGCUCUUGAGGUCACUUCAAAUUCACAAGCUCUGGGCUCCGCCUCCCAUUGUGCAACAUGUGGCAUAUCAUGCAAUUCACUGUGUAUUUUUUGCAAUAUAGUUUCUUGUAUAAGUAAUUCUCUUUAGCAUUGUAAGCAUGUCAACAUGGCAAAGGUGCUUGGCACCAUGUUGGCUGGGGCGGCUGAUGACUGGAUGCCAGUUAAGCACCGGCUUUGGAUAAUCAUUUCUUCAUAAAAGAAACUAGAGAAGGUGAUAAGAAUAAUUUUAAAAAGUUAUAUAUACAUUUUUUUUUUUAAUUGGAAAAAUAUAGCUGUUACGCAGCAUAUUUGUGAGCAACAUUCCACAUCAUGUUUAUGAGUGUAUUAGCAAGAUGGAGCUUCAUUUUUUAUAGUUAUAUGUUUAUUUAACGGCGAAUUGUGAUAAUGCAGCUCCUUGUGCUAUUGGUAGAUAAGUAGCUCAUUUUUACAUUGUUCUCUAUCAACUGGCUUUCAGUUCAGCAACAUUUCCAUGGUACAGUGCUACAUGCAACUAUUUAAUGUAUGGAACACACCCUGGGUGUUCCAACCACCAUGUUUGUUAUCUAAUAAAUUAGUCUUAAAUUAAUCUUCAUAUGUAAUACUGUAUAACCUGGUUUGGAGUUUGUCUGUGGACGACAAUGAUAUCCAAUAUGUGUGGCAAUACAAUCAUAUCAAAGCCAGA